AUGAAGGCCAUUUAUUCAUUGCUCAUUGGGAUUCUUGUAUCACAACAUUUGGCAGCUAUAUGUGUCUCAGAGGGUUUUGAUUUCUUCUAUUUUGUUCAGCAGUGGCCAGGGUCGUUCUGUGAUACAAGGACAGGUUGUUGCUAUCCCCAGACAGGAAAACCAGCAUCUGAUUUUAGUAUUCAUGGCCUUUGGCCCAAUUACAACAAUGGAUCUUACCCAUCCAACUGUGAUUACCGGAACCCUUUUAAUCCACGGAUGAUAUCGGAUCUAAGGAUUAGACUUGAGAAGACAUGGCCAUCGCUUGCCUGUCCGAGAAGUGAAAUGCUGAGGUUCUGGUCUCAUGAAUGGAUUAAACAUGGAACCUGUUCAGAGUCUAUCCUUAAUCAACGUGCAUACUUUAUAACAGCUCUCAACCUAAGGAAUAAAGUCAACCUCCUUCAAAUCCUUGUAAAUGCAGGAAUCAAACCAGAUGGAAGAUUGUACAGCUUGGGCGUUAUCAAGGAAGCCAUAACAAAAGCAACUGGAUAUACUCCCGGAAUAGUGUGUAAUUUGGACCGGAGUGGUAGUAGUCAGCUCUACCAGAUUUUCUUGUGUGUGGAUACUUCUGGCUCUAAAUUCAUUGAGUGCCCAGUCUUCCCGAGACAAAUGUGUGGUUCGAGUAUCAAAUUUCCCUCAUUCGGGGCCUCUACUCAACUGUAA